AUGGCAACCACCACCACCACCACCAAGCAGAGGAUGCUCAAGAAGAUCCGCGCUAAGAAAAACAGCUGGGUUAUGCUCUCGCCCUCCGAGGGCUUCACCCUGCUCCCGGGUGAGCAGCGCCUCUACACGUCUCCGCCGCGCACCGCCCUAGCGCUGCAGUCGCUCAACAAGUAUCCGGGCAAGGAGCCCUUCAACAUCACCAGCAGCGCCGGCUGCGUCCAUCUUACCAGUCGCCGCAUCGUCUACCUGCCCGCCUCGCCCUCGGAUUCUCUACAGUCCUUCGCCGCCCCCAUCCUGAACCUCCACGACACCCACGUCAACGCGCCCUUCUUCGGCCCCAAUGUGUGGUCUGCUAUAGUCCAGCCCGUGCCCGGCGGCAACAUCCCUUCGCAACACGCCGCUCUCGAGCUGAAGCUCACCUUCAAGGACGGCGGCGCAUACGACUUCAGCCAAGGGUACGAGCGCAUCAAGGAGCGCAUGCAGCAGGCCAUCGAAGUCGCCCGCGAGUCGGGCAACUACCACGGCUCCGUCGACGGCUCGGACAACGGCAGCCUCCGCACGGGCGGCCCUCUCGCCGGCGUCGACCUGAACACGGUGCAUCUUGAGCAGCUCCCUGCCUAUGAACCUCCGCCACCCGCCGGUGCCGACGUAGUCAUUCCGGACACUUCCAGAGACAGCGGGCUGGGCAUGAACACUCCAGAGGGUGCGCCAGCACCGAAGCCGGAUGACAACUACGACCCUCCGUCGGAGCCGCCGCCUGGAUACGAGGAGGUGCAAAGCCAGAGUGUCGCGGACGAGCUGGAAAGAAGAUUGAGAGGGCCGCAGUCGUGA